GGACGAGGCCACCAGAGGGUAGAGCAAGGCACACCGCAAGUCACGGAAAGAGAGCAACGGAGUUGUGCAACAACAGAGACUCUGUGCUGUUCGUGCUUGCCGUUGCGCUUGUGUGUCAGCUGAGCAUUGGAAGGACCAGACCGGGCGGCAAAGGCACCGUUUGCUGCAAAUCAACCAUGGCCGACCCAAUCCUUGGCUAUGCCAACACCUUGUACGAAUACAAUGGCGUCUCGGACGGAGAGCUGUCGUUUGGCAAGAACGCUGUCAUCGCCGUAUAUGAGGAGGCUGGCGACGACGGAUGGAUGGAGGGCGAACUCAAUGGUACCCGUGGCUUCUUUCCCGAGGCUUACGUCGAAUACACUCCUGGCAUUGGGAGUACCUCCUCUGCUGCUGGCCUGGCCAUCAUCCCGCCGCCACCACCGCUCAAGACCUCGCAGUCGGGCGAGAACUUGGCCCAGCUAUCCUCCAAUCUCGGCGAGCUCGACACCAUGUACGACGAUGACGGCAAUGGUGAGGCUGGCUACUACCAGCCCGAGCCUGACUACUCGGACGCAGACUUUGACUCGUAUCUCAACACCGACGUUGACCCGGCGCUCGCGCUAUACAUUUCGUCAUCAUGGGAGUGGCAAGACGCGCUGCCGUACUUUGACGUCGACGUCUCGUCGCCCGAUAAGCGAAAGAAGUUUGCCGGUAUGAAGUCGUACAAGGCGUACACCAUCACUACCGCGUCCCAGUCGUGGUCGGUCGAGCGGCGGUUGAAGCACUGCCAAUGGCUCCGGGUCCAGCUCGUCAACAAGUUCCCUCUCAUCCCAGUCCCAGUCAUCCCUGUCAAGGAGCUUGUGGGCAAGUUUGCGCCGCGCGAGGACAAGACCGCCGCUAUCGCCUCGUUCAUCGAGAAUGUUGUCCGCCAUCCGGUCCUCCGCGCCACCGACGUUGUCCAGCACUUUCUCUCCGUCUCGGCCCAGGCCGACAAGCGGACAUGGAAGGCCGGCAAGCGGCGGUUCGAGAAGGAUCCCAUCACUGGGCCCAUGUUCUACCGCACCAUCGUACCAUCGGCGCCGGUGACCGGCACUGACGUGCCCAACUUUAUCGACUCGUUCAUGGCCCGUGCAAAGGCGACGGUACCCGCCAUGGGCAAGGCCGAGUCUACCAUCAUCGCUCUUGGCGCCCAGGCCCGAAACGUCGCCCAGCUCUACAUUGAGUCCGGCCAGUGCUUCCGCGUCCUGGCUGAGACCAUGGGCUCGCAGCCGCCGGCCUUCCGCGCAGGCAUUGAGGCCAUCGGCGACGCCAUGUCCGGCAUGGCCAUCGAGCUCACCCGCCACGCCAAGACCCAGGACUUGCUCGUUCGUCUCUUUGAGUGGCAUUCGACCGUGACCAAGCUCACAGACUCGGUCCUUCGCGCCGAACAGAAGCAGCGGACAAAGUACCUCGCCGCCGCCGCCCGCGCCUCCAAGAAGAUCGUCAACACGCCUGUCGAGGUCACCCGCCUCAAAUCGCAGGAGCAGGUCGUCAUGGCCAUGACCUCGGUCGCCAUGGCCGAAGUCACACACUUUCUCAGCUCGCAGCUCCUCGACUUUAAGGCUGCACUCAAGGCGUACAUCACUCGCGAACUCGACCAUCACCGCGCCAUGGUCGCCCACUGGGAGACAGCACUCUCUGCCGUCGACGCCAUGCCAGCCUCCAAGCUCCCGGGCAAGCUCAAGCUGUGA